AUGGAGAUAUUUGUUUGUAAGGGUUGUGAUCAUUUUUUCAACAAAGAGUCUCAAAGAGCUCCAAUGAUUUUGACUUGCUCUCAUAAAAUUUGUAACCAGUGUCUCUAGCAAAGAAUUUAAAAUAAGAUUUAAAGUAAUACCUUUGAAUGCCCAAAGAACCCAAGUCACCUUAUAGACAAGAAUUCUUAAUUUACUGAGGAUGAGGAUUUACUUGAACAUUCUAUGCUUUAUCUUUAGAAUAACAAUAAUCUAACAAUCAGAUGCAGUAAACACUAAUAAAAAAUGAUAGAAACCUUAUGUACUAUUGAAAACUAAAUUCAAUGUAUCGCUUGUUCAUGCAGUUGCAAAUAAAAGAAUAAGCAUAUCAAUUUAACUUCAUAGAGGCUUAAUGAUUUUUUUAAUGAGAAAAUAAUCCCUAAAAUAGAAUAAAAACAAUCUGACUAUGACAGUAAAAUCUGUGAAUUUGAAAGACAAAUCUAGAUUAUAAAGGAUAAACAGCAAAAGGUCAGGUAUAAGAUGUGGGAUCUAGAAGCAUACAAGAAAAAGAUUUAGUUAAUAGGGAAAAGAGAAUUACUAAUAGAUAGUGACAAGUUCAUGGAUACAUUAGAAUAUACCUGCAGAAAAAUCACUAAGGAUGAGACAAGUAAUAUGCAACUUAAAAACUUUGAUUUUAAAGACCUUUAAGCUGAUAUUAUAGAUUUGGCUUAGCCUUAAAGUGAAUAAAGAAGGAAUAAAGUACUACUAUCAGAUUUAUCUGGUUCUUCGUCUUAAUCAGAAUCCCUUCAAUCUGAGGAAAGUUUCGAAAGACAAAAUAAUGGUUUUAAAACUUAGGAUUUUCACAGAUGCUGUAAUAAAUAAGGUCCAACAAUAUGCUUUAUAUUAAGUGAAAAUGGAAAUAUAUUUGGAGGUUACACAUCAGUAUAAUGGAUGAGUUCUGGAGGACUUAAGCCAGAUAAAAAUUCAUUUAUAUUCUCUCUAACUAACUGGACUAUUCAUCCUAAUAAAAAAGAUAACUAAAUCCCUGCCAUAUAUCAUGGGUCUGGUUAUUGUUGGAACUAAGGUGGACUGGAUCUUAAUAUUUCUGAUUAGAGUAAUAGGAAUAAGGCGAGCUUCUGCAAAAUAGGUAAAUGCUUUGAAUUUUCUAAUGAAAAUUUGAAUAGAGGCAAUUCGAAUAAGUUCUUGGCAGGUUUAAAAAAAUUUAGAGUGAUUGAGAUUGAGGUUUAUAAAGUUAGAUGCACUUAAUGA